UCCUCCUAACACUCGCUCUUUCCUUCACAGCCGCUACGCUUCUAUUUUCGCUAUCGAGGGUGAAGGAAAAUAACUCUUCUCAUCUUCCAUUCUUUCUCUUACAAUGGCUUUGCUUGUCGAGAAAACAACAAGCGGUCGUGAGUACAAGGUUAAGGACAUGUCCCAGGCUGACUUCGGCCGUCUCGAAAUUGAGCUGGCCGAAGUUGAAAUGCCUGGAUUGAUGUCCUGCCGCGCUGAAUUCGGCCCCUCACAACCAUUCAAGGGAGCCAAGAUUACCGGAUCUCUUCACAUGACUAUCCAAACCGCUGUCUUGAUUGAAACCUUGACCGCCUUGGGUGCUGAGGUUCGUUGGUGUUCUUGCAAUAUCUUCUCCACUCAAGAUCAUGCCGCCGCAGCUAUUGCACGUGACUCAGCUGCUGUUUUUGCCUGGAAAGGGGAGACCCUCCAGGAGUAUUGGUGGUGCACUGAGAGAGCUCUUGAUUGGGGCCCGGGUGGUGGUCCUGAUUUGAUCGUUGAUGAUGGUGGUGAUGCUACUCUCUUGAUUCACGAGGGUGUGAAAGCUGAGGAGAUUUAUGAGAAGACUGGUGUUUUGCCAGAUCCAGCUUCGACUGAUAAUGUAGAGUUUCAGCUUGUUUUGACAAUUAUUAGAGAUGGGUUGAAGAGUGAUCCCAUGAAGUAUCACAAGAUGAAGGAAAGAUUGGUUGGUGUUUCAGAGGAAACCACAACUGGUGUUAAGAGAUUGUAUCAAAUGCAGGCUAAUGGGACUUUGCUUUUCCCUGCCAUUAAUGUUAACGACUCUGUGACCAAGAGCAAGUUUGAUAACUUGUAUGGAUGCCGUCACUCUCUCCCUGAUGGUUUGAUGAGAGCUACUGAUGUCAUGAUUGCUGGAAAGGUUGCUGUUGUCUGUGGUUAUGGUGAUGUUGGCAAGGGCUGUGCCGCUGCCAUGAAGCAAGCUGGAGCUCGUGUGAUCGUGACUGAGAUCGAUCCCAUUUGCGCUCUUCAGGCUCUCAUGGAGGGUCUCCAGGUCUUGACCCUUGAAGAUGUUGUCUCCGAGGCUGAUAUCUUUGUGACCACCACCGGUAACAAGGACAUCAUCAUGGUUGACCACAUGAGGAAGAUGAAGAACAAUGCCAUUGUCUGCAACAUUGGUCACUUCGAUAAUGAAAUUGACAUGCACGGACUUGAGACCUUCCCUGGCGUGAAACGCAUCACCAUCAAGCCCCAAACUGAUAGGUGGGUUUUCCCUGAUACCAACUCGGGCAUCAUUGUCCUGGCCGAGGGACGUCUCAUGAACCUGGGUUGUGCCACUGGUCACCCCAGUUUUGUGAUGUCCUGCUCAUUCACCAACCAGGUGAUUGCUCAGCUUGAGCUGUGGAACGAGAAGACAUCCGGCAAGUAUGAGAAGAAGGUCUAUGUUUUGCCCAAGCACCUUGAUGAGAAGGUUGCUUCCCUUCACCUUGGCAAGCUUGGAGCCAGGCUCACCAAGCUCUCCAAGGACCAGGCAGACUACAUCAGCGUUCCAGUUGAGGGUCCUUACAAGCCUGCUCACUACAGGUACUGAGAGAUGGAAUUUGAGGAAAGACCAUCUGUUUGGACGGCGCUAUUGUUUCUUUUGUAUCUUGCUGAUGAUUUGUCCUAGAAUAUCAGGCUUUGGAUUUUUUAGGAUUUGUGUUUUGGUGGGGAAGAUUUGGGAGGAAAAUAUAUGAUCCGCGAUCUCGGAGAAAAGACCACAUGGGAUUUAAUUUAAUAAGGUUUUGGAUGGGGGUGCGUGGGAUGAUAUUGUAACGGCUAGUAGAAUGAGUUUUCUCUGCUGCUGCUUAUCUUUUUUCUUCUUAUCCACAAAAGGAAAAAAAAACGAGAACUGUUUUAUUCU